AUGUCUUCUCUCAAAUUUCUUGAUCUUAGUAGGAAUGCCUUCUCUUCAUCGACACUCAGCUGGUUGUCUAAUUUAAACCAUCUUCAAUUCCUUGGUCUUAAAAAUGUCAGUCUGCAAGGUAAUUUUUCAAGUGCCAUUGGAAACUUAAGCUCUCUUACUCAUCUUGAUGUUUCAAAUAACCAGCUUGAAAUUAUAGAACCCAAAUGUUUGGAGAGUCUUUGCAAUCUGAGGGGGAUGGAUUUGUCAAACAAUGGAAUUGAUCAUGAGGUAUCAGAAAUCAUAGUGAGUUUGUCUAGAUGUAGUUUGGAUCGAUUAGAGUCAUUAAAUAUUGCAUCUAACAAACUUUCUGGCCAUUUACCUGAUCAACUUGGCCAAUUUAAAAAUUUGGCAUACCUUUCCCUUUACCGAAACUCCAUUUCUGGUUCCAUUCCAAUCUCAAUAGGGAAGUUGUCAUCAUUGAAAGUUCUUGAUGUUUCAUACAAUCGAUUGAAUGCAACUCUUCCUCAAAGUUUAGGACAACUUGGGAAUUUGGAAGAUUUAGACGUUAGCAAUAAUAUGUUGGAAGGAAAUAUAUCAGAAAUGCACUUUUUUAAUCUCACAAGAUUGAGAUUUCUUUUGGCAUCUAACAACAUGUUAACGUUUAAACCAAAUUCAAGUUGGAUUCCUCCUUUUCACUGUAAAAGUAUUGGAUUGGGUAACUGGCAUCUUGGUCCGCAAUUCCCUCAGUGGCUACAAUUCCAAAAGAACUUGUCUUUUUUAGAUAUCUCCAGUGCUGAAAUUUCAGGUGUCAUUCCCACUUGGUUUUGGAACCUUUCGACUCAAUUUGAAUAUCUAAACCUUUCCCAUAACCAACUAGGCGGGGAGAUUUCAUAUUUAUUGAUGAGUUCGAUGGUUGACUUGAGAUCCAACCAAUUCACAGGUCCAUUGCCACGGGCAUCCUCUGAUUUGGAGUGCAAUUCCAGAUUGUUGGAAAUUUUGGGAAGUUUGCAAGUUUUAAAUUUAGGAAACAACGAUCUAACUGGGACAAUUCCUAUAUCCUUGGGAUGUAUGGUUCAUAUUGGGUUAUUAAACCUUCGUAACAAUAACUUAUUUGGAGAAGUACCAUCCUCAUUGCAGCAUUUAAAUGGUACGCUUAUUCUUGAUCUUAGUGAAAACCAACUGACGGGAAGUAUUCCAGCAUGGAUUGGAGACAAACUCUCAAAACUCGUGGUGCUAAACCUCCGUUCAAAUAACUUUCAAGGCUAUAUUCCUGAUCAAAUUUGUACUCUUAAUUCUCUUCAGGUCUUGGAUCUUGGUUAUAACAACAUUUCAGGAGCUAUUCCAAAAUGUUUUAGUAACUUAAGUGCCAUGGCCACAAAACCCUCCGACCAACACCUAAGUUAUUGGGCUUUCGAAUUAGACUUUGAUAACAUGUUUUAUUUGGGUGCGUUAUUGGUGACAAGAGGAAGAGAGGAUGAAUACAGUACCACACUUAGACUUGUUACUAGCAUAGACCUUUCAGUUAAUAGUCUCACAGGAGAGAUCCCCAAAGAACUUGGAAAUCUUAUGGGGCUGCGGUCAUUAAAUUUGUCAAAGAAUCUCCUAACAGGAAAGAUACCAGAGAACAUUGGCAAUAUGGAGGUGUUGGAAUCUCUUGACUUGUCGAUGAACCGACUCCAUGGUGAAAUCCCUUCAAGUUUCUCCAAUUUGAAUUUCUUGAAUCACUUGAACUUGUCCUACAACAACUUGACGGGACAAAUUCCAUCGGGCACCCAGCUCCAAAGCUUUGACAGGUCUUCUUACAUUGGCAAUCAUCUUUGUGGACCUCCAGUCACUAAAAAUUGCAGCGGAAAUGGCGAAACGCCUGAUUUUACAAAUGGAGGUAGCAGUGGAGGAAAGAAAAGAUCUAAGGUGAAUUGGCUUUAUGUGAGCAUAGUGCUUGGAUUUGUGAUGGGGUUUUGGGGAGUUGUGGCUCCCCUGUUUUUCAUCAGGUCUUGGAGGUUUGCUUAUUAUCAAAAACUGGAGCAAAUUGGUGAUAAGCUAUACGUGUUUUGGGCUACUAUUGGUAUGUAAUUAUUUGUAUUGGCAGCACAUUUCGGUGUGGUUGGUAAUGUAAUAACUUGAUUUGCAUAUUCUUUA